CUGCCUGUGACUGCUACCGGUAUAUAACCUAAAAAAAUGCUAAAAUACUCUAUCCUUCGCGUUAAUUGAUGAUUGUGAUAUAACGCCGAGGAAACCAGUCGUAAUAAAAAUCAACGAAGUAAGUAUCUCUACAAGAGACGCACCGAUGCCGAAAUACUAUUGCGACUAUUGUGAUACUUAUUUGACACAUGAUUCGCCGAGUGUACGCAAGACCCAUUGCCAGGGUCGCAAGCAUAAGGAUAACGUGAAAUAUUUUUAUCAAAAAUGGAUGGAGGAGCAGGCCCAGCAUCUAAUCGAUGCAACAACAGCCGCUUUUAAAGCCGGUAAGAUCGCCUCGAAUCCCUUCGCGGCUAACAAGGGUGCGGCGAUACCGCCACCACCCAAUCUCGGCUCUAGUCUUGGCUCACGAUCCGGAGUACCGCCGCAAGGACCUCCAGGAAUGAUGCCACCACCCGGUAUGCAUCCAGCUGGUCCCAUGGGACCAGGAGGUCCAAUGAUGAUGGGACCACAUGGACCAAUGCCACCUCCGAUGAUGGGUAUGAGGCCACCUAUGAUGGGACCGAUGGGACCAAUGGGUCCUAUGAUGGGUCCUAUAGGCCCUAUGGGACACAUGAGACCACCAAUGAACGGACCACCGCCUCCCAUGGUAGGCCCACCACCGAUGAAGAAAUAACAGCCAGAGGAUUUUUAUCUCUUGUGUGUUGUCUUGUGGAUACAAUUGAUUUGGUUGAACCUUGAUUGCGUGUGGUCAUUAGAAUGGUCUGAUGCAGAAAAAUAUGUGUACGCAUAUUGUAUAUUUAAGAAUUCUGUACAAACUAAAACUAAUUCUGCAAUUAGAAAGUUUGUCGACAUUUUGAUAUAUGUUCAAAUGGCUUGUGUGUUCUCUUCGAAAAGUAAAUGUAAUGUUAUUGCAACAGUA